AUGUCGGAUCGAUACGUGGGUUACGUUCCCACGCCUUCGGGUCGAUCCCCUACUUUCAACGUUGCCAGAGCUUCCAUGCCGACUAGUGUAGGGUACAGCUCUAUGUACGCCGGAGACAUGCAUGUUGUGCCGUCUGCGAGUCAAAGGCAUUACAUCACUCCGAGAGGCUACUCUACCUCCACAACCACCUCGGGCGUUCCCACAACUACAAGAACAUAUGCUGUCACCCAAAACCCAAGAGCCAGUUCCAGGACCAGAGACGGCAGCAGGACGCGUCGGUCAACGCUAGACUCGGCUUCGAGGCCUCCAGUGAUCAUCACUACAACACAGUUAGACCGACGUCACGGUUCUUCAUCUCAUUCCACCAACGCACGAUCUGGAAGCCCUAUUAGAGACGAUUUUCGUGCUUCAGACGGCCAAGUUUACUCUCAACCUGCCUCUUCUAUGCGUCCUCGCCGCGCACCUCGUUCAUAUUAUGUGUCUUCCCCCAGUGAAGAUUUUGGCAGAUAUAGAGACAGGACUGACAGUCACUUGAGCUCGCGUGACCUUGAAGCUUAUCGUAAUUCUCGACCUUCUGUUAUUUAUCCGAGUGAACCAAGACAUAGUACGGCGGCUAUUGAUUAUGGAGACGACGGUUAUCAGUAUACCAACGCUGGCGAGCUCGUGAAGUACGACCUGGAUCAAUCUAAGCCGAGCCGCUCUAGGCGACACGAUCGACAUGACAGUUUUGAUGCGGGAUACUACCGCCCAAAUGUCAACUACGAUCUAGAUCGAAGGAAUCUUAAUAUUAACACCAGUCAUGACCUCAAUCGCCCCCCCAACGGGGUCAGCACCAGACAGCAUGACGGACGGUCUGGCCCACCGCCGUCAACUCGUGGUUUUGAUAAGAUCAACCGGGCAUAUGAUGCUAGGGACGUGCCCCCAGCUGUGCCAGUUCCACCCUCACCUACUGGUGCAACGUCUCAACUCGAAAUACCGACUGGCAGCGGCCGGAGACCGCGACCUCUAUCACUUCACCAAGAGGCAGGACUCCGGUCAUCGCAUCACGACGAGUUGUAUCGAAGUCGAGAAGACGAGCGCGCCAUGCGUGCAAUGCGUGACCUAGAUUUCGAGCGCCGCCCUGAGCCCCCUCGAUUUUACGAUGAUAACGUCCCAUCACGAGGCUUUGGUAUUCGCACGGACCAUCUUACCCACCCGGAAGAAACCAAAGAACGUCGUCGUGAACCACGACUAAAUGAUCUAAGAAAGAGAUCCGAUGAGGAAGUGUCAUAUGGCUCGGAUAAAGACAGAGAAGAUCGUCGCUGGAAUCGCCAGGGACCCGUGGAUGACAGAAGAGAUUGGAGGCAGACCAAAAGGGAUGAAGAGAACCAAGAUCGGGAACGCUCGCGGACUCGUGAGACCCUUUCUGGUGGACUUGGUGCCGCGGCAGCUGCUGCUAGCCUUGCAGCUUCAACUAAACCAGGAGAGAUGAGAGGUCAAGGGUCACCUGGCCCCAAAAGCCACCGCAGCCUCCCGGAUGAUGGUGAAAUCCACAACGAAGCUAUCCCAGAACAGGAUCCCCGUCAGUCAUUCGAAAGAGUCAGUAAGCCAGUGGGAGGGAAAGAAGUCCUUCGGGAACGGGAAUUGUUCCGAGAAAAGGAGCCUCCGCAAGAACGAGACCAUCCUAGAGAGAGACCUCCAGCGCCCGAAAGGGAUGUCCUCGUGUCAAAAGAACCAGUUCGGGAGCCUGUACCACGUCGCGAGAGAGAUCCGGUGAGGGAGUCUGUCAAGGAUCCUUUGCGAGAAAAGGAGUUCACGAGGGAAGAACUCAGGGAUGAUGGCGGCUUCGAGCGGCGACGACCCGACGCAGAUUUCCGAAUGAGCAGAGAACCUGUAAGAUCCACGGGAUCGGAUUCCGAUGACACGAAAAGAUCCUCUCGGCGAGGCCGUGCUUCUCAGGCCUUCAACCCUAACGACGCCUCUGAUUUGAAACAGCUCAAGGAGCAACUGGCUUCGAUGGAAAUGUCCGAUAAACGACGAGAAGUCGAACGACCAACACCGGCAGAGAAACCACGAGGCCGCUCUCCAUCUCCAUCGAAAAAGCGAGCCCCUCAUGUGUCAUCAAGGGAGUCUUUCCAAGAAAAGUCUGGCGAAGAAUCUCGCGGUCGAGAAGAUAUUGGUCCUGCAGCCCAAGGGAAGCAAGUGCGUCUUGUUUCACCUCCAAAGGAAAAAUCCGAAGGCAAACCGUUGAAGGGUAUCUUAAAGCAGCCGAAAGCCAGUUUCCCAGAAGAAGCUAAUCCCGUCCGUGAGGGUGUAGCCCCUCAUAAGGAGGAUAAGAAAUUGAAGGAGGCGCCUCCUGGGGCGAGGUGGACGAAGAUCAAUCGCAAGAUUGUUAACCCCGAGGCACUGACUAUUGGAAAGGAAAGAUUUGAAGUUCGCGAUGAUUUUGUCAUUGUGCUGCGCGUUUUGAGCAAGGAGGAGAUUCAGGCUUAUGCUGCGGCAACUCAAGUAUUGAGAGAGCGGCGUCGCAACAAGACUGAAGGGCGAAAAGAGGGGGACGAUGAUCACGGGAGGGAGCGCGACGAAGUCAAUGAGGAAGACGGAGAGCAUCAUCGUCACCGCCGACACCGAGAAAGUGAAGAAGAGAGUGAUGAGAAGGAACGUCACAGGAAUCGUGAAAAGGACCGUCAACGGGAGCGGGAUCGGGAGUCCGAACGUGAAGGCGACAGGCAACGACACCACCGGAGAGAUGAGGCGGAUGACUACGAUGACCGGGGACGAGAUGACCAUCACUACCAUCAGCGGUCGUUCAGGGAGCGAGAGCGCGAUCUGGAGGCGAAGAAUUAG